AUGCUCGCCCAACAACCGGUGAAGACAAGUGGCGGUGAAGUCCGAAUCACUGACACGAAUAACUUUCCAAUAUCAAAAACAAUUUCGGCCGCACACGUCAUCAUUAACCCUGGUGCACUUCGUGAACUUCACUGGCAUCCGCAAUCGGACGAAUGGUCUUACUUUAUUAGGGGAAAAGCACGCAUAACGAUUUUUGCAUCGGGAGGAAUGGCGCGUACAUUUAACUAUCAAGCUGGCGAUGUUGGCAUUGUUCCGCGUUCCAUGGCUCACUAUGUAGAAAACAUUGGGGACGAACCCGUUGAAAUGCUAGAAUGCUUUAAAAGUUCAACAUUUCAAGAAUUCAGUUUGGAGCAAUGGCUAGCUACCAGUCCACCGCAAAUGGUUGCUGAACAUAUGAAUUUGAAUGGGACAGACAAGAAAAAGUUUUUGGAGGGACUGAGUGCAAAGAAGGAUCCAGUGAAGAGUAAACUUUAG